AUGGCAGCCAUCACGAAGAAGACGAUGCCCUACGUCCGCUUGGGCAAUUCUGGCCUUAAAGUGUCCAAGAUAAUUCUUGGCACCAUGCAGUACGGCAGCACCAGUUGGCAAGAAUGGGUGAUCGAAGACCAGGACAAAGCGAUCGAACACAUCAAGUUCGCAUACGAGAACGGCAUUCAGACGUUCGACACUGCCAAUGUAUACUCCAAUGGCCUGUCCGAGCAGAUUCUCGGCAAGGCCAUCAAGAAGCUGCGUCUACCCCGCGAGGAGAUCGUCGUGAUGACCAAGCUGUACUUCUCUGUAGUCCCCCAGUACGACGGCAAUCUUGCUAGAACGAGCCAGAGCCCCCAGGAAAUGGUGAUCAUCAACCAGCGCGGGCUCAGUCGCAAAAACAUCUUCGAUGCCGUGAAGAAGAGCCUCGAGCGGCUGCAGCUCGACUACGUGGAUCUCCUUCAAUGUCAUCGGUUCGACUACGAAACGCCAAUCGAAGAGACAAUGCAUGCGCUGCACGACGUUGUCAAGGCCGGUCACGCGCGCUACAUUGGUAUGAGCUCGUGCCACGCUUACCAGUUCCACGCGAUGCAAAAUUACGCGAUCUCGAACAACCUGACACCCUUCGUUGCGAUGCAGAACCACCAUAGCCUCAUAUACCGCGAAGAGGAGCGCGAGAUGUUCCCCACGCUCAAGAUGUUCGGCGUUGGCGCGAUCCCGUGGUCCCCCCUCGCACGCGGGUUACUCACGCGUCCGGUUGGUGAGCAGACCCGCCGCGCGCAGACUGACCGGUACCAGAAGCACUACACUGAUAAUCCGGGGACGGUCGACAUCAUCAGCCGCGUCGACGAACUCGCGAAGAAGAAAGGUAUCAGCAUGGCGCAGGUUGCGAUCGCGUGGAGCCUCUCCAAGCCGGGCGUCACUGCGCCCAUUGUAGGGACGACGAGCCUCGAGAACCUCAAGGAUAUCAUCGGUGCGGUCCAUGUCCAGCUCACGGAGGACGAGAUUAAGUACCUCGAGGAGCCGUACCGCCCGCUGGCGAUUGAUGGCCAUGCCUAA